AAUUUUAGCAACCAGGACAAGCAAAUUGGGCUUUUUAGCACUAAGGAAUUUAUUGGACAUAUUUAAAAGCAGUUGUCAUAUGUCUCUGCAAAACGAGGAAGAGGCAAGGGGAGACAGAAGGAAGAAUAAAACUGGACUAAAACAUGCCUGGGACUCUCCCAGAGAAAUCCAGUGUGGAAUUGCUGCAAAAGCAGAGAUGAUUAUACAGAGAGUAGUGCUGAAUUCACGCCCCGGUAAGAAUGGUGUGCCGGUGGCUGAGAACUUCCGACUCGAGGAAAGUACAAUAGCAGAUGCAAUCCAAGUGGGACAAGUGCGUGUUAGAACCCUUUAUCUCUCUGUGGACCCUUACAUGCGCUGCCGAAUGAAUGAGGACACUGGCUCAGAUUACCUCUUGCCCUGGCAGUUGUCUGAAGUUGCUGAUGGUGGGGGCAUUGGGGUUGUGGAGGAGAGCAAGCAUGACAACUUUGCUAAAGGAGACUUUGUAAUCUCCUUCAAUUGGCCCUGGCAGACAGUGGCAAUUCUAGAUGGAGGCUUGCUACAAAAGCUCAUUCCAGAACUUGUAAAUGGACGCCUUUCCUACUUCCUCGGUGCAGCUGGCAUCACAGGACUGACAGCCCUGUUGGGUAUAAAGGAGAAAGGACAUGUGGCUGUGGGUGCAAAUCAGACAAUGGUGGUGAGCGGAGCAGCCGGCGCCUGUGGGUCUUUGGCUGGGCAGAUUGGCCGUCUGGAGGGCUGCUCCAGGGUGGUAGGGAUCGCUGGCACAGAUGAAAAGUGCUCUAUUUUGGUCAAAGAAAUGGGAUUUGAUGCAGCUAUUAAUUACAAGAAGGGGAAUGUGGCAGAGCAGCUACGCGAAUUCUGCCCAGGCGGUGUGGAUGUUUACUUUGACAAUGUUGGUGGAGACAUCAGUGAUACAGUUAUAAGUCAGAUGAAUCAGAACAGCCAUAUCAUCCUGUGUGGACAGAUUUCUCAGUAUAACAAAGAUGUGCCUUAUCCUCCUCCACUGUCUCCUGACAUUGAAAAAAUACAGAAAGAAAGGAAUAUCACAAGGGAAAGGUUCUUAGUGUUGAACUAUAUGGACAAACAAGAAGCUAGUGUAUUACAGCUCUGUCAGUGGAUCCAAGGGGGUAAACUGAAGGUCAGAGAGACCAUGGUAGAAGGCUUAGCAAACAUUGGUGCUGCUUUCCAGUCCAUGAUGAGUGGAGGCAAUAUUGGAAAACAGAUCGUCUCAGUUUCUAAAUAAAAGUCAUUCCUUUGGGAAAAAUAAUUGGAUUCUAUCUCUAACAGUGAGCAAGUUUUUACUUAUACUAUUUUCUUCAAUAAGCCAUUAAAUUGUUCUGUAUGUACUGAAAGCAGAGAUUCUGGGAUGCCAAUAAACUAAAUAGAACUGGAAA